GAAGGCGAGGCUUCAGAGAGGGGCGGGUCUGGAGGAGCGGAGCUGAUACGUUCGGAUCAGGCAGCCAGGCGAAGCAGCCGGGAGAGUCGGCCGAUUGUGGUGUAUGGCAUUGCUUCAUGCUCAGAGGUCCAUGUUGUCCGAUCUGUCCAAAAUGUCAGCGGCAAGUCAGGCCGAGAGAGGUGUUCUGGAGGAAGAGUUUAAAUGGCUGCUGAAGGAGGAGGUCCAUGCUGUACUGAAACAGCUGCAAGAUAUUCUGAAGGAAGCAUCGCGGCGUUUUUCAAUGCCUUUGGCUGGUCUGGAGAGCCAACUGAAGCAGGAGAAUUUCAUUCUGGGAAGCUCAACGAUGGACCAGGUGAAAGGAGUCCUCACACUGCAGGGUGACACUCUGACACAAGCUGAUAUCCAUCUAAAGAUGAUGAGGAGCAACCAAGUCUUCCAUUUUGCAUUUCGGGAUGACAAGCAGUGGAAAAUGCAGCAGAUUCAGGACGCGAGAAACCACAUAGCCCAGGCCCUGCAGCUCGUCAACAGCCGCGAUGAGAGCUACUACUUUAAAAGUGGAGCUGAAGUUAACAAGCUGAUGGACGCCGUGAUGCUGCAGUUAACCAGGGCUCGCAAUCGGCUGACGACCCCCGCCACGAUGACGCUCCCAGAGUUAGCAUGCAGCGGCCUCAUGAAAAUGUUCUCCCCUCCGAUGCCAGGAGACGUAAUGGUGAACUUCUACAUCAAUCUCAGCAAGCUGUGUCUGACUGUGUACCAGCUGCAUGUCCUGCAGCCCAACACCACCAAGAAUUUUAAGCCUUCUGGGAGCUCUAUUUUGCAUAACCCAGGGGCGAUGUUCGAGAUCGGCAACACUAAGUUUGAGGUCAGCCACGUGCACAUGGUGGAGUGCGUCGUCCCCUGGCUUAACGACACCCUGGUCUUCCUCACCAUCUCCCUGCAGCUCUGCCAGCAGCUGAAAGACAAGUCUGCCUGUAGCAAGUGGACCUCCUUCCCUCAUCCUGUGGUGCUCUCAGAUUUCCGUCUUCUCCAGCUACUGGAACUACAGACCAUUCUAGCCGCCUCAGCGUCCAGCCAGAGGUCGAAGGAGGGCGCAGGGUUCCGGGCUCCUGGAUAUCGGGGCGGAUCUCGUCCGCAGCACCACCAUGCAUUGGCCCAUACUGUUCCCGUUCCGGCCCAGUUCUCUGCAGGCGCUGGCUUUUGACAGGACCUAUGUUUUCAAGACUCCUGAAGGCUACCUGGUUUUAAAAACAUGUAUUUUUCUUAGUUUUAGCACCCUGUACAGUACAUAUUCACUUGCAUGGUGGGUGUUGAGUUCAGUCUCGUCUCGUCUGGGGAAUUUUUAUUUUUUCCUAGGCAAUGGAUUGGUAGUUCUGGCAAUGUUUGAGUAAGAUGAUUCAAAACACUACUUUUUGAUGAAUAACAUAUGGUAUGGUAAUACUACUUGGAUUAGUGUCUGCUUGUGUAUAUAUCCUGACCACCGUUUAGCUCGGCUGCCCAGACCUCCUGAAAGCCAGAAAUGGUUCUCGUGGUAACGCAGACAUUUUGCUGAGGAGUGUAUGCGUAAUGUGUAACAGCGCCUGAGGGGAAAAACAUUAAAUGCUAAAGUGAGGGACCAAAUAUCAGCACAGAGGAAAUUUGGGUGAUUUGAUGAUCACCAAUAAGCAAUCAGUGUGGCGUUUCGUGUACAUGUGUAAUAGUCACUAUUAAUUUAUUGAACUGAAUAUUUCUGCUUUCUGAUACGCAUGUUGUCGAAUUCGCAGCGGUGAGUUUAACUACAGUUGUUAAGCUAACCUCUCUAUAAAUUGAACUAUAUACUGUGCACUAUAUCAACCGUUACAUAUGUAAUAAAGUGAAUUUUCUAAAACA